AUGAACCGUAAUAUUAUUGAAAAAGUUGAUGAAUUUGAAAAACGUUUCUUGUCGAAUAACGGUAAGGACUCCCGUUCAAAUAUAGAUAAUAAUAUUUAUUCAUUUUUAAAAAAUGUUGAUUCUUCAGAUAGUAAUAGAACCAUUACUACUGCUAGAUCAAAUAAUAGUACUUCUACUUCAAUAGAUAAUGACCGAAUUUCUAAUGAAAAUAUCUAUUACCAGGAAAAUCAAGAGGACCAGAGUGAAGAGGAAAAUGAGGAAGAGGAGGAAGGUGAUGAGGAUGAGUAUCCUGAAGAUCUUGUAGAGCAAGAAAGAAAAUUAUCCUUACAACAGAAAUUAAAAGAAGCAGAAUUACAAUGGGAGGAAUCAUUAGAUCAAUUGCAUACUGUGUUAAAUUGGGUGGUUCUACCUCUAUUGGGGAAAAUGGUUGGUAGAAGAUUAGCAAGAAUGGUCUGGCAAAGAGUCAUGAACUAUUUGUGGGAUUAA